AUGAGUUUCAAGGCAAAAGACCUGCAGUUCGAUAACUCGCAGCCUGCUUUCUUGCAGCGGUUGCGAGGGCAGAUGGCAGGGGAUGAUUCUGCACGUCACGAGAGACCAGUCCCCCGGAAUAAGCGAAUGAAACAAGACGAUGAGGAUGAUGCACCCACUUACGUCUUGGAGGAUACCAACCAGUCCCUCAGCAAGGAGGAGUACGAAGCGUUUGUCACGGGCAAAGAUGGCGACGAAGAUCAAGAGCUUGCGAAAGAGGGGUCUAAUGAACAGCAGGCCAAGGAGGACGGCUUGAAGUCAAAAGAUAACAUUGCUGAACUCGGUGCAGCGUCGAGGAAACGCAAGGCGGCGAAAGUAAUCAGCGAUGAGCUCGAUGAGAGCAAGACUGAAGAGAAGGAUGUCAAGAAGUCGGAGUCAAAAAUGCCCAAGAAAGCCAAGAAGAAGGCCAAAGCUGUCAAGCUCACCUUUGGCGAUGAAGAGGAGGGGUGA